CUGCAGGGCUCCGCCAGCUGUGCCCGGGGAAAGCCGGCAGAGCUCCCACAAACCCCCGCUCUCCUCUCCGGCCUCCGAGGGGCCCUCGUUCUGAGGUUAAAUACUUGCUUUAGCGAUAAGCGCUGCGGCCACGUCCCGGCGCCCACCUUCUCUGCGGCCCGGGCACCACACCAGCCCUCGCGGGCGGCGCUGUCCGCGGGCUCCGGGCUCCGGCUGCCCGGCUGCGCUGGCACCCGCAGGCUCCCGGACAGGACCCGCCCAGCUGCUGCCGCUGAAGCCGACUCGCCCCGCAGGUCCGGAGCCGUGGGCGGGGCGGAGAGGGGGGCGCCGGGAGUGGGCGUCACCACUGGGGCUGGCCGGCCCCGUGACGUCAUCACCGCGGGACCUGACAACAUGGACGCUGAGGACGGCGGCGGCGCAGGGGCCGGACACGGAGCGCUGGGCUCUCGGGCGGCGGCAGCGACUGUCCGGGAGCUUCUGCAGGACGAGUGUUAUAGUGAUUUUUUAAAUGAAGACUUUGAUGUAAAGACUUAUACUUCCCAAUCUAUUCAUCAAGCUGUAAUUGCUGAACAACUAGCAAAACUUGCCCAAGGAAUCAGUCAGUUGGAUAAAGAACUACACCUACAGGUUGUUGCAAGACAUGAAGAUUUAUUGGCACAAGCAACUGGGAUUGAGUCUUUGGAAGGUGUUCUUCAGAUGAUGCAGACAAGAAUUGGGGCAUUACAGGGAGCUGUUGAUAGGAUGAAAGCAAAAAUUUUUGAGCCGUAUAAUAAAAUAGUAUCCCGUACUGCACAACUAGCAAGACUUCAGGUUGCCUGUGAUUUGCUUCGGAGAAUAAUUCGCAUCUUGCAUCUCAGUAAGAGACUCCAAGGACAACUGCAAGGGGGUAGUAGAGAGAUAACAAAAGCUGCCCAGAGUCUCAAUGAACUUGAUUAUCUUUCUCAAGGAAUAGAUCUUUCUGGAAUUGAAGUAAUAGAAAAUGAUCUACUUUUUAUUGCAAGAGCUCGACUUGAAGUGGAAAAUCAAGCUAAGCGCCUCCUGGAGCAGGGUGUGGAGACUCAGAAUCCAACCCAAGUCGGAACAGCUCUUCAGGUUUUCCAUAAUCUUGGAACUUUGAAGAAUACCAUUACCAGUGUCGUGGAUGGAUAUUGUGCCUCUAUAGAAGAAAGUAUCAAUAAUGCAUUAGACAUCAAAGUUUUGACUCAGCCUUCCCAGUCAGCAGUGAGAGGGGGACCUGGACGAUCUACCAUGCCAACUCCAGGAAACACUGCAGCUUUUCGUGCUUCCCUCUGGACCAACAUGGAGAAACUUGUGGAUCAUAUUUGUACUGUUUGUGGACAGGUACAACAUCUACAAAAAAUAUUAGCCAAGAAGAGAGAUCCUGUUUCUCACAUUUGUUUCAUUGAUGAAAUAGUUAAGGAUGGACAGUCUGAAAUUUUAUACACAUUUUGGAAUUCAGUUACUCAAGCACUUUACUCUCAAUUUCAAGUGGCAACAAAUUCUUCUAUGUUUUUGAAACAGGCAUUUGAAGGAGAAUACCCUAAAUUAUUGCGUCUUUAUAAUGACUUAUGGAAGCGUCUUCAACAGUACAGCCAAAAUAUUCAAGGAAAAUUUAAUGCAAGUGGAACCACAGACCUCUAUGUUGAUUUACAACACAUGGAAGAUGAUACACAAGACAUAUUCAUACCAAAAAAGCCAGAUUAUGAUCCAGAAAAGGCUUUAAAAGACUCAAUACAACCCUAUGAGGCUGCUUAUCUAUCAAAGUCCUUAUCUCGACUCUUUGACCCUAUCAACUUGGUUUUCCCUCCUGGUGGUCGUAAUCCUCCUUCUUCAGAUGAACUGGAAGGUAUUAUUAAAACUAUAGCAAGUGAACUAAAUGUAGCUGCUGUUGAUGCAAACCUCACAUUAGCUGUGUCAAAAAACGUGGCCAAGACCAUCCAGUUAUAUGGUGUAAAAUCAGAACAGCUACUUUCCACACAAGGAGAUGCAAGUCAGGUGAUUGGGCCUCUUACGGAAGGGCAGAGGAGAAAUGUGGCAGUAGUGAAUUCACUGUUCAAAUUGCACCAAUCAGUAACAAAGGUGGUUUCCAGUCAGUGCUCAUUUCCACCAGCAGCUGAGCAAACUAUAAUUUCAGCCCUAAAGACAAUCCAUGUUCUUAUGGGAAAUGCUGUUCAACCCUUACUGACUUCAGUGGGAGAUGCUAUAGAGGCCAUAAUCAUCACCAUGCACCAAGAAGACUUUUCUGGGCCAUUACCUGGCUCAGGGAGGCCUGAUGUCCCUUGUUCUCUGUACAUGAAGGAGCUCCAAGGUUUCAUUGCCAGGGUUAUGAGUGACUACUUCAAACACUUCGAGUGCUUGGAUUUUGUCUUUGACAACACGGAAGCUAUUGCCCAAAGAGCAAUUGAACUUUUUAUCCGCAAUGCCAGUCUCAUAAGACCUCUCGGUGAAGGCGGGAAAAUGCGACUUGCUGCUGAUUUUGCACAGAUGGAGAUGGCUGUGGGUCCGUUCUGCAGAAGAGUAUCUGAUUUAGGAAAGUCCUAUCGAAUGCUGAGGUCAUUUAGACCCCUGCUCUUCCAGACAAGUGAACACGUGGCCAGUAGUCCUGCUCUGGGGGACACUAUUCCAUUCAGCAUCAUUAUUCAGUUUUUGUUCACGAGAGCACCCGCUGAGCUGAAAUCCCCCUUCCAGAGGGCAGAGUGGUCCCAUGCACGCUUCUCCCAGUGGCUGGAUGACCACCCAUCUGAAAAGGACAGACUCCUCCUCAUCAGGGGAGCCCUGGAGGCUUACGUUCAGUCGGUGAGAAGUAGAGAAGGCAAAGAAUUCGCACCGGUGUAUCCCAUAAUGGUUCAGCUGCUUCAGAACGCUAUGUCUGCCCUUCAGUAAUAAUGUGAAGUAUUUCUUACUCGCCAUUCGCUAACCCAAAGACAGUUAGUAUUCACUGUUUUAAGAAUGUAACCAACUUUUCUGUAUUUCCUAUUGAUCAGUUUCUGUUGAUCUCUUUCUGUUGAUCUCUUCAGCCCUUCUAAUUAAGUAGCGUAAAAUGUCAAAAAUCACCAUCACCUUCAAACGCUAGGGGCCUGAUUUUCCAGAAAGACAUCCAACUCUUCUCUCCUUUCAGACCUUUCUACAAGGCUAGCUAAAAUUCCUUUCCCAUCACAUAACUGAGCACCCACUGCUUUUUAAGGUAUAUGGCCAGGUAACAUACAGUAAGUACCCUGCUUCCCCCAAUCUUUCUUCCUCACUAGAUAUGUAGCCAGUGGUUUCCACAUCUGCAUAUUAGAACCAGUGAGGGAAGCUUUUAAAAAGCCGAAUAUUAAUUGAUUUGUACCCCAUAUUAACACAUUUGGGGUAGGAGCCACGCAUUAGUAUUGUUAAAAAACAUUUCCAAGUGUUUCCAAUAUGCAAUAAAGUUUGGGAACCAAUGGCAUAUCCUAAAAGCAAAGAUGUAGAGCUAAAUGUUUAAAUAUGUCAUAAUGUAUCUGUAAUAAAGCUAGAGCAAGCUAUCUUUA